AUGUUUGAAAUCCCCCUCGGCCUGGGCGAGUCGACGGAGGCAUCGUUAGCCCUAGCUGCCCACGACCUGGAGCGGAGCGUUGAACUCUCCCUCGCUACCGCAUGGGCGAUUAUCCUAAAGACAUAUACGGGAAACGCGUCUGUAUCAUUUGGCCUCGUAUCAUUGGAUUCGGCUCAAUUACCUGCUGCCCGAUUGUGCUCCGUCUCACUCGAGGACAGUCCCAGCCUUCAAACUCUUCAUCAGAUGCUGCGGCACGACUUUAAUCAGAUCGACUCGUCUCCAACCUCUCGCAUCUCCACGCUCCCAUCAUUUCGAGACUCGCACGGCCGUCCCGUCUGCAAUACUAGUAUCAGCGUGGGCCUCUCUCCGCGUCUACCCGACGAGGGAAUAGACCUUCACAUUGCCGUUGAGAUGACGCCGGGAUGCUUCAACGGCACAAUGCGAUAUUCUGGGGCAGCAUUUGCUAAAUCCCAAGCCGAGGAUAUUGUACUUGCAUUUCAACAGACUCUCUCUGCUGUACUUUCGAAUUCUUCAACACUAUGCUCCGAUCUGAAUCUUAUGCAUCCGCGGUCCCUUACGAAACUCUUCUCAUGGAAUGGUUCCAUUCCUGAUUCCGUGGACCAGUGCGUUGGCGACAUAUUCCUGCAGCAGGCUCAUUCAAGCCCAGAAAAUGUGGCCGUGCACGCCUCUGAUGCUAGCUUUAAGUACGACGAACUUGCAAAAAUGACCGAAGCGUUGGCUUGCCAUCUCCAGGCAAAAGGCGCUGGCCCGGAGUCUGUGGUGUUGCUCUGCUUUCCCAAAUCCGCAUGGGCCGUUGUUGCUAUCAUGGCCGUCGUCCGGGCCGGCGGGACGAUGCUCUUCCUCGAUGCGUCCCACCCAGUAGCGCGUCUGCAGGAGAUACAGAGCCAGGUGAGAUCGAAGUAUGUGUUGACGGCAACGAAAUACGCCGCCAUGUGGGAAUGGACAGGGUGCGAGGUCACGGUGGUGAACCGGGCCCUGCUCGACUCAUUAUCCCAGCCAAGCUGCCCCGUGACCUCGGCUGUCACGCCGGCAAGCAUGUUGUACAUUAUAUAUACUUCGGGAUCAACAGGGAAGCCCAAAGGCUGCUGUGUCGAGCAUAGGCAGUUUUUGACGGGUUGUCUUGCCCAGCGCAAGGCCAGUGGGAUGGUGCAUACGGACCGAGUUUUACAACUGGCUCCUUUCACGUUUGACGUGAGCAUGCUGGAGAUUGUUACAUCACUCACCUCGGGAGCUUGCGUUUGCAUACCUGACGACAUCUCAAGAGCCAAGGGGCCCGCGCAUUGCAUACGAGAGUUUGACGUCACCUGGGCAUUCCUCACCCCAUCGUUGGUCAAGCUCAUGACGCCGGAACUGGUGCCAACGCUGCGUUUUCUAGUCCUUGGCGGUGAACCACUCGGAAAGGCAGAUGUCGAGACUUGGGCGCCUCACCUUCAGCUGGCAAAUGGGUACGGGCCCACGGAGUGCUCAGUUGCCGCCACAGCCUACCCUAAACUGAGCAGAUCGACAGACCCAUCCAAUAUCGGGUUUCCGCUGGGUGCUUUGUGUUGGCUGGUCGACCCGGAAGAUCAUCGACGGCUAGUGCCUCCUGGCGCACCCGGUGAGCUCUUGGUCCAUGGCCCCAUCGUGGCUCGAGGAUAUUUCCGGGACCGAGAAAAGACGGAGGCGGCCUUCAUCGACGAUGCCCCAUGGCUGCCUGCCGAUAGUUUCGGACAAUCACGACGCAUGUACAAAACCGGUGACCUCGCCAGGCACAAUUGUGACGGGUCCCUUCAUUUUAUUGGCCGGAAAGAUUCACAAGUCAAGUUGCGAGGCUUGCGGAUUGAGCUGGGAGAAGUCGAGCACCAGGUUGCCAUCCACGAGCUCGUGCACCAAGCAGUCGUAAUUCUUCCGCGACAUGGUCCCUGCAAGAGCCAGCUAACUGCUGUCGUGGCGCUCAAAGAAUCACAUCAAGAGGGCGGCUUCGAUGAUCUUGAGCUUCUUGAUACCACCGCCAAGUGCCUGUGCUCCCCCUCGCUGAGUCAGGUCACGGAGAGAGCUUCCAAACAUCUGCCCGCGUACAUGGUCCCAUCUGCAUGGGUAUUGGUAAAGUCGAUCCCGCUUACAGUCUCCGGAAAGCUGAACAGAGUCGCUGUGACGAGAUGGAUUGCAGAAUUGGAUGACGCAACGUUCAAUCUUAUCGCCGGGGCAGACGUGGCAGUGCCGGCAUCGACGCCAACGGAACACAUGAUGCAGCGUCUUGUCGGCGAAGUGCUGUGCAAGUCGAAUUCUCAAAUCCAUCUCGGCCGCUCGUUCAUCCACAACGGCGGUGACUCAAUUCUCGGCAUACGACUGGUCGCGAAGCUAAGAGAAGCUGGCGUUGACCUGUCAGUCAAAGACGUGCUGGAGAGCAGAUCCCUCUCGGAAUUGGCAGAAAGGGCCAGACCUGGCGCAGCUCGCGAAGUAACCAAGUAUCCAGUUUCGUACGACAUGGUCAAGUUCAGAUCCGAAGUGCUACCCCACCUUGCCGUGGAGGAGGACGACAUCUUGGAAGCCUGUCCGCUGGGUCCGAUGCAGAAGGGCAUUGUCCUUAGCCAACAACGUGGGGCAGCUGGGUAUGAUUUGCGGAUCGUGUGCGAGGUGACGGUCCCCGAUGGCGUCGUUGACAUCCGGCGGCUGAAAGAUGCGUGGCAUGCAGUCAGCAAUCGUCACACAUCCCUCAGGACCAUCUUCACACCUUCCACAUCGGAGGACUCGCCGUGCGACCAGAUAGUGCUGAAGCACGGCAGGCCUGAUGUUGUCGUCAUCCCGUGUGAGAAUAUGGAGGACGUGUUCAAAGCCGUCAGGAGUCGGGAGAUUGAAGCAUCCAAGAGCCAACCACGGGUGAAUUUCAUCAUCUUCAACGUCCUGGGGUCUAUUUGCUGCAUGGUGAUUGUUGAUCACGCUCUCAUCGACGGUCUUUCUGCUCAGCUAUUAUUCCGAGACCUUGGUGCAGCGUACGCAGGAUCGCUCGAUACGACCCAGGAGCGGAGGUUUUCGCAAUACAUCGGCUAUUGCCAGCAGCUCGACAAGGCGGAGAGUCUUGAGUAUUGGAAAUCCUACCUUCGGGACAUCGCCCCGUGUAACUUUCCUAUUCUUGUCGACGAUGGUGCGAGGAUAAACGAGCUGAAAGAGCUGAAAGAUGAUCUCGACCUUGACAUGAGGCUGCAAGAAUUCUGCCGCGAGAACAACGUCACGCCCGCUAGCUUGAUGCAGUGCGCUUGGGCGUUGACACUGAGAGCCUACACAGGGCUGGAAGAUGUGUGUUUCGGAUAUCUGUCUUCAGGCCGUGAUGUUCCAGUUGCAGAGAUAGAAAGCACCGUUGGAGCCUACAUUAAUAUGCUGGUCUGUCGACUCAAGUUGGAGCGGUCAAGCACCUUCCUUCAGCUGGUAGAAUCCGUCCAAUGCUCCUUCCUCAGCAGUCUACCCCACCAACACUGCGCCCUCGCCGAAAUUCAGCACGAAAUCCGGCAAAGAGAACCUCUCUUCAACACCGUCAUCUCCCUCCAGAGCACUCCAGAAGAGGUGGUACGGGAGGGUAGUGGCGAUGGAAUCAUAACCUUUCGUGUCAUCGAUGAAGUCGACCCUACCGAGUACGACAUUUCAGUCAACGUCUCCAUCACCCGGGGGGCUGUUCGUCUGAGCCUCCGCCACUACACCUCAAAGAUCAAUGAAGCAAACGCCAUCAACAUCCUCGAGACGUUCAAAUCCGCUAUUGGCGCCAUCAUCCAAGGAUGCCACACGCCCCUCGCCGAGAUAUCACUCCUAAGCGAACACGACAUACGUCAGAUCCACUCGUGGAACGUGGGCGAGUGGGACGAUGUCGACAGUUGUAUUCACACCGAGUUCUCGAAACAGGCCGCCGCCAGAGGUGACACCGUGGCCAUCGAUGCCUGGGACGGUCGUUUGUCGUACAGCCAAUUGGACGCUGCUAGCACGCUGCUCGCAUCUCACCUAAGUGCCCGUGGUGUCGGGCCAGAAGUUAUUGUUCCGAUGAGCUUUGAGAAGUCUGUUUGGGUGCCGGUCACCCAGCUGGCAGUGCUGAAGGCUGGAGGUGCAUGCGUGGCCAUGGAUCCUACCCACCCUCACAAAAGACGACUGGAGUUGCUUCGUCGGUGCGGUGCGAGAGUUGCCGCCGCAUCGCCGCUCCACCGCACGCUGUUUGAUGACUUGGUGCAAGAGACAAUCAUUGUGGACCAAGCCCUGAUGAACUUGCUUGCCGCCGACCAAACGCUUCCUCUCACAUGGGUGAUGGCGAAGCCUAACAACGCUGCUUUUGUUGUCUUUACCAGCGGUAGUACAGGCAUCCCAAAAGGAAUUGUUCUCGAGCACCAUGCUCUGGUAUCUAGCACAAACUCCCAUGGACCUAGCCUUCAGUUCGAACCAGGGAACCGCAUACUGCAGUUUGCGUCGUACACGUUUGACGUGAGCAUUGGGGAAACGGUCUCUGCCCUCGUACGAGGAGCAACCCUUUGCAUACCAGGUGAUGACGAACGCAUCGACGACUUGACCGGUGUUAUAAAUCGAAUGGAAAUUGACGUGCUCUAUCUCACGCCCUCGGUGGCCAGUCUCGUACAUCCGUCUGACGUUCCGAGACUCAAAUGCCUCACUUUGGGCGGAGAGUCUGUUCGGCCGGAGAACAUCGGCACGUGGGCAGGUAACCUUCGGCUCGUAACUGCAUACGGGCCAGCAGAGUGUUCCGUGUGGUCAACUGCCCUGUCUCCUGCGUCGUUCGGUGCGUCCCCGGCGAAUAUUGGCUACGGCCUCGGAGCUCGCACCUGGAUCACGGAGAUUGGUGACUCGCAAAGAUUGUGUCCCAUCGGGCGUGUGGGAGAGCUGCUGCUGGAGGGUCCCAUCCUUGCCCGUGGAUAUUUGAAGGAUGCUGAAAGGACAGACUCGGCCUUCAUAGUAGAACCUCUCUGGAUGACACGCGCGCGCCACGGCAGCAUGGCAAGGAGGCUCUACCGCACUGGUGAUCUUGUCAGAUAUAAUUCGGAUGGCUCAAUCCAUUUUAUCGGACGGCAGGACUCCCAAAUCAAGUUGCAUGGCCAGCGCAUUGAGUUGGGGGACAUCGAACACCACAUUCUGAAUCAUGAAAACAUCGCCAAUGCUGUCGUCGUCUAUCCACAAAUCGGUCCCCUUCACCGCCGGCUGGUCUCCGUCAUCUCUUUCCGCGAGCCAACCGGUGCAGACUUGGACAUGGAGCUGAAAGUCAUCAAUCCAUCAAGAAAUUCCGGUGUGGCUGAAGGGAUUUCGAAGGCCCGAGUCCAUCUUUCGGACAGAGUCCCGGGAUACAUGGUGCCGUCGACGUGGCUAGUUUUGGAUGUUAUCCCACUUUCAGUGAACGGAAAGACCGAUCGAUCGCGGGUGUCACGUUUUGUGGAAUCACUUGAGCUCAUUCCUGAGCAGGAAGAUCAAGAUCAGGAUGUGGCAGAUGUCGCCGCAGAGCCCUCGUCGCAAGGAGAUGAGGUUCUGCGUGCAGUUGUCAGUACCGCACUAGGGAUACCACUCAAGACUGUUUCCAUGAAUGACUGCUUUGUCGGUCUUGGUGGUGACUCAAUCACAGCUAUGCAAGUUUCAAUGCGAUGUCGGAUGAAAGGGCUUUCCGUCAGUGUCAAGGAGGUACUAUUAUCCAAGUCCCUUCGCCAGCUUGCCAACGGCGCCAAGGAGGUUCAGCUCUCCGCAGAAGCAAGGGCAAAGCCUGAAAAUGGAGCCUUCUCAAUGCUCUCCGAGGCGCACCUUGACCUUCUUGAACGCGAAGCCAAGCAGAUGGGCCUUCUCGGACUCGAGGAUCUCGAAGAUGGAUACCCGGCCACAGACUCUCCAUGGAAAGCCACAGAGGACAAGCUGCAAGCUGCAUGGCGGCGAGUGGUCGAAAGACAUCCCAUGUUGCGGACGGUUUUCAUCGAAACCAGUUCCGUAGAUGGCCUUUUCUUGCAGGUGGUUCUGAAGAACACCCUCACGAGAGUGGAACAGGUCCUAGAAUAUACCGCUCUUUGCAACUAUUCAUGGACUCAUCCUAUCAACUACGAGGACCGGCGUCCCCCUCACAGGUUCACUACGUGUGCAAGCGACGGAAAGCUCUUCUUCAACCUCGAAAUCAGUCAUGCCUUGAUAGACGGCGCUUCGAUGUCAGUCAUCUUGAAAGACUUAGCUACGGCGUAUCGGCAAAAAAACUGGCUCAAUGAUGCCCCACUCUAUCGCGAUUACAUCGCCAUGUUGCAAAGCGAAUCACGACAAAGAUCAUUGAACUAUUGGGAGGCCUACCUCAAAGGUGCGGAGGCCUGCGAGUUCCCCAGGCUUCUCGGUCGGAGAGUCGCAACACAGACUCUAGAAACAGUUGAUGUCAUCCUUCGGUCCGAUAUCAUACAUGAACUUCAAACUUUCACGAGAUCCUACGCGGUAACGUUAUCCAACGUCUUGCAGACUGCUUGGGCACUGGUGGUGCGCGCAUUUAGCAGUUCCACUGAUGUUGUAUUUGGCUUCAUGGCGUCCGGGCGAGAUAUUGCGCUAAAUAGCAUUGACGAGGCCGUUGGGCCAUACAUUAAUAUGCUUGUCUGCCGCGUGGACGCGUCGAACGAAGUUCUUGUGCUGGAUGCAAUCAGAAAAACGCAAGAAGGCUAUCUAGACGUCUUGCCUCACCAGCACAUACCCCUGUCGGAGAUUCAGCACAGUCUUGGACUAUCCAGCGGCCGACUCUUCAAUACAAUUCUAUCUCUACAGAGGCCCCUGGCAGAGAAUCCAAAAAAUGACAAGGCGAUUAGCAUCGAUUACCUCGAGGGAAAUGACCCGACCGAAUAUGACGUCAGCGUCAGUAUAAUAGCCAGCGAAUCUACCGUUGAGGCUUCCAUCUCCUACUAUUCGUCAUUUUUCUCCCCCGAACAAGGCACUCAAGUGGCACAGACCUUCUCCCAAAUUUUAAAUCAGAUGCUUGAUCGGCCAUCAGCCGCAAUCACGGAGCUGGACUUUCUCUGUGACUCGGAUGCGCAAAAAGUGUUCCGAUGGAAUAAAAGCGGAAUUACACCCCAGAAGAUUGAUCAGUUCAUUCAUCAAAACUUUGCCCGCCAUGCUCUGAAGAGCCCUGACUGUGAGGCUGUGGACUCUUGGGAUGGUACUUUUUCGUAUCGUGAACUAGACAAAGCGACUUCUCGCCUCGCCCAUUUCCUGAGGAGUCUUGGAGUAACAUCCGAGGUCAUUGUUACACUGUGCUUCGACAAAUCCAGAUGGACUGUUGUGGCCAUGCUGGCGGUGCUUCGUGCAGGGGGUGCGUAUACCUCCUUGGAUCCCUCUCACCCUACUCAGCAUCUUAUGAAUAUUGUCGACCAAACCAAUUCAAAAAUCGCUCUUGCGGGUAGUGCUUCCCAUGCCAAAAAGCUAGAGAACAUUAUUGAGCAUGUUGUGGUGGUUGACCCUGCUCUCAUGAAUCAAAUCCCUGCCCAAGAACAACCGCCACCAGUAGUGGGAACGCCAGAUAACGCGGCCUUCAUCAGCUUCACGUCUGGGUCGACAGCGAAGCCCAAGGCAAUCUGCCUCACACACAGCUCCUUUAGUUCUGUCAUGAGCAACACUAGCGAAAUGGGUAUUGGACCACAGUCCCGCGUCUGCCAGUUUUCCGCGUAUAUUUUUGAUACCUCGAACGCGGAAAUUUUCGGAACCCUGACGGCUGGAGGUUGCCUGUGUAUCCCAUCUGAUCAUGAGAGGGUCAAUGAUGCUAAUGGGGCCAUGAACCGCCUUGCGGUCAAUUGGGCUAUUCUUACGCCGUCAAUGGCUGCCUUACUAAAGCCAGCAGAUUUGCCCAACCUAGAAACACUCGCGCUGUGCGGUGAGCAAGCUCGAGAAGACAUUGUAGACUCGUGGAAAGAUCAUGUACGGCUGAUCAACUCAUACGGUCCUGCAGAAUGUACCAUCUGGACUUCGACGGCUUUCCUUGGCCAUGGAAACUCGCCUGCGACCAUCAGCAAGGGUAAUGGAGGUGACGGAAGCCUCCUUUGGGUUGUCGAUACCGCUGAUGUUAACAAACUUGCGCCUAUUGGCACCAUUGGUGAGCUUUUAAUCGAAGGCCCCAUCCUCGCGCGAGGAUACUUGGAUUCGGAUAAGACAGCCCUGUCUUUCAUCCCUCCUCCCCGAUGGCGUGGCUCGACAUCUUCAAACUGUCGCAUGUAUCGAUCUGGUGAUCUUGUCCGAUAUCACGAGGAUGGGACUCUGAUAUAUGUUAGCCGAUCUGAUGGACAAGUCAAGCUCAAUGGUCAACGGAUCGAAAUGGGAGAGAUCGAGUGUCAUAUUGCGUCACACGACGUCGUACGGUAUGCCAUCGUUCUAAUGCCCAAGGCCGGCAUAUGCAAGCGAAAGCUCGUCGCUGUUGUUGCACCCUCAGCAUUUUCUGAAAAUACAGUGGCUUCACACGACCCUCGAUUCAUCAGUGAUAAAAAAUUCAAGAUCAGAGCAGCUGCGCAAAUUGCACGUGUCAAGGAUCAGCUCCGAGAAAGGGUUCCGGAGUACAUGGUUCCGAGUGUGUGGCUGCUACUCGAAGCCUUCCCCCUGACAAUAUCGAAGAAAGUAGAUCGCGCCAAGGUCAGGCACUGGCUGCAUGAGCUUUCUAACGAUGCUUACAUCGAGGGUACUGAUAUUGGUGAUGAUGGACACGACGCAGCGGCCUCUACCCUACAGGAGGGCCGGCUACAGAAAAUCAUAUCUGCUGUGCUAAACAUUCCAGCGGAGCAGGUUCGUCUCCAUAAAUCAUUCCUGAACCAGGGCGGCGAUUCAAUCCUAGCUAUUCAGCUCGUGAUUCAAUGUAGAAAAGCAGGCAUAAUACUUACCGUCAAGGAUAUCAUGCGGAGCAAGACUAUUUCCUUCCUGGCCCUCACGGCGAAGGCUGUUGGGCCGAGCGGUCCCAGCCAAGGCGAAAUUUUUGACGUCCCAUUUCCCCUUUCACCAAUUCAAUCCAUGUACUUCACAGAGCUAACAAAGGGCUCACUUGACCCGGAAGCAAAUCGGUUCAACCAGAGUUUUUUACUUGCUGUGAACAGAAUGGUCGAUGCCUCAGCACUGGAAAAGGCAGUUCAGCAGGUUGUCGAGCAUCAUCCGAUGCUGCGUGCCCGCUUUCGACAAAGCACGGCCGGGGUUUGGACGCAGGUUGUCUCGAGCCAGAUAGCCGGAAGUUAUCGCUUUAGGACUCACGAUGUGGAUACUCCUGAGGAUGCUCGUAACAUUUCGCGGAUAGCUCAAGGGCAUUUUGACAUUCAGCACGGGCCUGUGUUUUCUGCGGAUUUUUUUAACGUCACACCUGGAUCGCAACAACUCUUGUUCCUGGCUGCUCAUCAUCUUGUGGUCGAUCUGGUAUCUUGGAGAACCAUCAUUCAACAUCUGGAUGAUAUCAUCGGUUUGAGUUCCCAGCUGUCUCGCAACAAGCCACUCCCGUUCCACUCAUGGGUGAAGGCACAGCAAGACUACAGCAGCCAGCAUCUUGAACCGGAAACGUCACUUCUGCAUGACGUUCCUCCAGCCGAUUAUCAAUAUUGGGGCAUGCAUGAUAGGCCCAACCUGCGAGGGGACACGAAUGAGGUGAGGUUUACCAUCAACGAGGCUGAAACCGACCUCCUACUACGCGGCUGCCACCGGUCAAUGAAGACCGAGGCUCUUGAUGUAUUGCUGGCCGCAGCGUUCUUCUCUUAUUCUGAAACCUUCUUGAGAUGCCCGCCAGCAAUAUUCAAUGAAGGUCACGGACGAGAGCCGUGGAAUGCCCAGAUAGAUAUAACGGAGACAGUUGGCUGGUUCACAACAAUGUUUCCGCUCCACGUCUCCACUGGUGAGGGUUUGGAUUUGCUCAGUGCCGUCAGGCUAUUGAAAGAUCAACGACGAUCUCUGCCGCGCAAUGGAUGGGCUUACUUCAACUCAGCAGUAUCAAACGAUGCAGGCAAAACUGCAUUUAAGCACCAUUGGCCUGUAGAGAUUCUGUUCAACUAUCUCGGUGUUUACCAGAGGGAGAAGCAGUCCGACAAUAUCUUCCAGAUUCAGCCGUUUAAUGACGGUGAUGCCGGUCCCCAAAUGAGCCGCUUUGCUCUGAUUGAGAUCAACGCCUUUGUUCUUGACGGCAUAACAAACGUCACUAUCGACUACAAUCGCAAUAUGAAACAUGUUGACACGAUUGAGAAAUGGGCCGCGUCUUAUGCCAGGACAUUGGUUAGCAUGAUUGGUGAACUUCAGGCAGCCAACGUGACCUUGACCCCGGGUGACUUCACAUUGCUGUCAACGACGCACGAAGCCCUGCGGAUAUUCCAGAACGAAGUUUUGCCGACCAUUACAUCUGUCGAUAAUGUGGAAGACAUUUUUGCCUGCUCUCCAAUGCAGGAGGGAAUCCUGCUCGGCCAGAACCGCAUUCAAGGCGCAUAUAACAUUGAGAUGCUAAUCGAGAUCUCGACUGUUCAGGGAGCGGCAAUUGACGCUGAGAAGCUAGCAACAGCCUGGCAAGCCGUCGUUUGUCGCCAUGCAACUCUAAGGACACUAUUUGUUCAAAACCUUUCAGUGAGGCCAUAUGACCAACUGGUCCUGAAGAACCAUACCGCAAGAGUCUCGGUGCAGCACGACCAAGACGAUGAUUCGCUCUGCAUGCUUCGGAUGUCCAACUCCCUGGACUGCACCUCCGCCGAGCCACCGCAUUGCAUGAGCAUAGUUCAUACACGAUCUGGGCGCACAUUUUGUAAGCUCGAAAUGAGCCAUGCCCUUGUUGAUGGAACAUCUACGACUGUACUUGUUUCAGAGUGGGUAAAUGCUUACUUGGAUAAACUUUCUGAACUACCCGCCCCGGUGUACAGCGAGUACAUUGCACAUAUUCUAUCUCAACCGAUGGAUACUGCCAAAGAGUACUGGAUCAAGUAUCUUGCAGAUGCACGUCCAUGCUGCUUCCCAGCGUUGACUGACCAUGACAUGGAACCAAAACGUCUGCUGCACGAGAUUGAAUUGGAGAUGCCCAGUGCUACCAAAGUACGCAACUUCUGUCAACAAAACAACGUCACACUGGCUAGCAUCUUCCGGCUGGCUUGGGCAAAGGUGCUCAAGGCUUAUACUGGAGAGGAACGAGUGUGCUUUGGAUACCUGGCUUCCGGCAGGGAAAUCCCAAUUUUGGGUAUGGAGGGUGCAAUUGGAGCAUAUAUUAACAUGCUUGUCUGUUCCGUCCACUUCGGCCUCAUCGACAACCAAAGUGUAGUUGGCAGCUUGGAGGUACUUCAAGACGAGUACUUGAAGUCUCUCCAAUUUCAGCAUAUUGGACUGGCCCAGAUACAGCGUGAACUCAAACUGGCCGGCCAGGCAUUGUUCAACACUGUCUUGAGUUACCAGAGGCGGUCCCAUGUCAACUUCAGCAUCGGUGACAUUCAAAUCCGAUCCUUGGAUGGCCUCGAUCCUACCGAGUACGAUAUUUCCGUCAACAUUUCCGACAGUGAAGACGGUCUUUUUGUGCACAUGAACUAUCUAACCAGCAGACUCUGUGACAACCAAGCAUCCAACGUGGCGAGGUCGCUAUCCAAUGCUUUGACGUCAAUCCUGGAAGCACCACAUGCAAAUGUUUCGUCUCUGAAUUUGCACAGCGUUGAGGAUACUAAUCAGAUUGCACUGUGGAAUUCAGAGUGUACUGCAACCAUCGACAUUUCUGUUCAUGAAGUUUUCGCCCGCCUUGCCAAGGACAGCCCUUCUGCGACUGCUAUUGACUCAUUCGAGGGAACAAUGACAUACAGCGACCUAGACAAUAAGAGCAGUCAGCUUGCAAAUGAAAUUGUCUCCAUUGGAGCCACCAUUGACACGCUCAUCCCGAUUGCUUUCGAAAAGAGUCCUUGGGCCAUUGUGGCGAUGUUGGGUGUCAUGAAGGCAGGGGCAGGUUUCGUCCCUUUGGAUACGUCGCAUCCGGAUGAACGAUUGAGAGCAAUCAUUUCGAAGACAUCCAGUCAGUUUAUGAUCUCAUCAGAGGCAGCCACACGGCGCAUGCAGAGCUUAACUACGAAUGUCCUAACCGUGUCAGCGGGAUCAUCGAUCUGGUCUCGGAGGUCAACUGCAUCGAUGAAGACCACUUCAGCGUCCGCAAAUCCAGCCUAUGCCAUGUUCACAUCCGGUUCGACGGGUUUGCCCAAGGGCGUUGUUCUCUCACACCAAGCAGUUAGCAGCAGCAUCUUUGAUCACGGCGCCAAGGUCGGAUGCAGUGCCGCCACCCGCAUGUAUCAAUUCUCCGCAUACACGUUUGACGCCUGCAUUUUCGAGAUAUUUACAACCCUGACUCACGGUGGAUGUGUAUGCGUCCCAUCUGAAACCGAAAAAAUGAAUGAUAUUGCCGGCUUCAUUACCCGGAAGCAGGUGAAUACGGCUUUUAUGACUCCGUCCCUAGUUCGUAUCCUUACGCCAGAGCAAGUUCCAACACUAAGAACUCUCGUCCUCGGUGGCGAGGCUCUUGGUCAGGACAAUAUCGAGACCUGGGCCACCAAGGUCAGGCUCAUGAAUGGCUACGGUCCGACGGAGACCUGCGUGUUUGCAGUGAUGAAGAGAUUUGAGGAGCCGCAGGAUCGCCAUGACAUUUUAGGCACAGGCGUGGGCUCUCAAAUAUGGAUCGUAAGUCUCGACGAUCCUGGCCAGCUUGCGCCUAUAGGAGCAGUGGGAUUACUGCAUCUGUCGGGCCCCUCCCUUGCAGUUGGAUAUUUGCAUGACCAGGCUAAGACGGAGAGUGUUUUCAUUGACAAUCCAGCGUUCUUACUUGGCUCCGAUAGGUGGCCACGCAGAGCUUACAACACUGGCGACUUGGUUCGUUACAAUUCGGACGGCACUAUAGCUUAUCUUGGCCGACACGACCAGCAGAUCAAACUGCGCGGCCAAAGAAUUGAACUGGGUGAGAUAGAGCAUCACGUCAGAGCCAAUUUUCCCCAGGCAUCGCAAGUAAGCGUCGACGUGGUGAUUCCACUGGGAAAUGACGAACGAGCCACUAUUGCUGUCUUUUUCCGCAUUGCUCGUCAACCAGAAUCCAAUACGACGUUCCAUACGCUUCCCAGAACCUUACUUGGGGAUGCCGCUCAACUGCAAAGAACCCUUGAAACUCUACUUCCACCGUACGAAGUGCCGUCCCUGUACAUUCCUGUGGGCAUGAUGCCUAGAACAACAGCGGGCAAACUCGACCGCAAGGCACUUCGCGAGGCGGUUGCGCACAUGUCCGAAGAAGAAUUAGACGCAUUUGCGCUCGUCGAAGAAUCAAAGCAGCCGCUGAUCACGGCAAGCGAGAAGGCACUUGGACUGCUGUGGGCCGAGGUGCUGAAAAUUCCCGUGUCUCGUAUCGGUCGACAUGACGGUUUCUUUCGAAUGGGCGGUGAUUCCAUCGCCGCCAUGAAACUCUCAGCAAAGUCUUCCCCGGGGAUUUCGUUGUCGGUUUCGGAUAUUUUUGAGCACGCCGCUCUGUCAGACAUGGCACUUGCAGCAAACAGGAACAAUUCCAUUGUUGACGACAUCGACAACAUAGAGCCAUUUGAGCUUGUCACCAACGGCAUGUCCGAUGAUAUGCUGCAGUCAUUGGCAUCUAAGUGCAAUGUGUCUGUGGAACAAAUCGCGGAUGCCUAUCCGUGCACAGUGCUCCAAGAGAGCCUCAUGGUUCUCUCCAUGGUUCAAUCCGGGGCAUACGUGGCACGAAAGGCGUUCAAGCUUCCCGCAACGAUCGACGUUGCCCAAUUUAGGACUGCCUGGGAAAGAACAAUUCUCAGCAAUCCCAUAUUACGAACGACAAUCGUGCAGCUUCAUUCUGGGCGUGCUUUGCAAGUCGUACUUGAGCACAAUGUGCCCUGGAGAAGUGCCGCGACGCUACAGCAGUACAUGGAGGAUGACACUGCGGACGAGCUGGAAUUUGGUAAACCACUCUCUCGUUAUGCCAUCACAGCAGAUGGCCACUUUAUCUGGACCGCUCACCAUUCUAUAUACGAUGGCUGGUCAGUCCCUCUCAUACUCGAACAGGUCCGUUCAUAUUAUCAAGCCGACAGUGCACCCACGACGCCUGGUUUUAACACGUUUGUCAAAUACCUCUCCACUCUGAAUUCGGCGGAGUCGGGUGCGUACUGGGAACGCUAUCUUGCUGAAGGUAAACCUGCAACGUUCCCUGAGCCUCUACCAGCUACACGGUUGAUCCAAGUGGACCAGAUAGAAAAACGUAGCAUAACCAUCAGCCGUCCAACUGGUUCGGAUAUUCCGAUGGCGACAAUUCUGAGGGCCGCUUGGGCUUUUGUCCUCGCUCGGCAUUCGGACGCGUGCGACGUUGUGUUCGGGAUGACAAUGUCCGGCCGCAACUGCCCCCUUCGAGACAUUGGCAUGAUUCUGGGUCCAACAAUCACCACCGUACCCGUGCGAGUUCUGGUUCCAACCGACGGCACAGUGUAUGGCUUCCUGGAGGCAGUCCAACAGCAAGCUGCGGAGAUGAUUCCAUUCGAACAUUUUGGUCUCCAGAAUAUUGCAAAUAUCAGUGAGGACAUGGCACAAGCUGUCAAGUUUCAAAAUCUCUUGGUCAUUCAGCCAAGGGCGCAGUUCGAUGCGGAUCACGACGAGAUACUUGGGGCUGAACAGAUCUCGGCGCCGCUCACAAAUUUUGACACGUACCCGUUAGUUACAGAAUGCCGCCUGAGCAAAAUGGAGGUGCAACUAGAGGCAAGAUUCGACAUGACCAUUAUCUCUCGUGAACAAACAGAGAGGCUGCUCAGGAAUUUCGAACAAGCCUUGCACAGCUUCAACGGGGCAACUCCAGGAACCAUGAUGGAAGAAAUAUCCAUGAUCGCCGCUGCCGAUCUUGCGAAUAUCAUGACAUGGAAUGAGACAUACCCAGCUGCCUUGGAUACAACAGUGCCCGAUGUUUUUGCGCAACAGGUCAAGCUUCGACCCGAUGUACUUGCUGUGGACGCCUGGGAUGGUACAUUCACCUACGCCGAACUGGAUGUGCUCUCGGCCACCUUUGCUCGACACCUCGUGAAGGAAAUGGGCGUUGGCCCCGAGGUCCUUGUUCCGCUUUGCUUCGAAAAGUCCAGGUGGGCCAUCGUCACGCAACUAUCUGUCAUGAAGGCAGGUGGUGCCAUUGUGAACCUCGAUCCAGCACACCCGUCGACUCGACUCGAACAUAUCCUCCAAGACGCUCGCGCCACGAUCCUUUUAGUUUCGGCUCCAUUGUACGAAAAGUUCAAAGGAGUUCAUGGACUAGACCCCAUCGCCAUUGACGAGUCGUUUUACCGCCGGCUGGAGUCGCGGCAAGAAUUCAUAUUGCCGGAAAUCGAUCCCUCGUCCGCUGCCUAUGUCCUCUUCACGAGCGGAUCCACAGGUCGUCCCAAGGGCAUCGUCGUGGAGCAUCGCAAUUUGUGCUCGAGCUCUCAUGCGCACGGCGAAGCGUGGGACAUUGGUCCAAAUACGCGUCUGCUCCAGUUCGCAGCGUACACCUUUGACGUCAGUUGCGCCGACAUCUUCACCACGAUCCAAAGAGGAGGUUGCAUCUGCGUCCCUUCCGAUGACGACCGACUCAACAAUCUCUCCGGUGCCAUCAACCGAUUCCGAUGCAAUUGGGCGUUUCUCACGCCCACUGUGGCCUCGCUCUUGCCAGCCCAAGGCAUUCCGAGUCUCCGGAAGCUCAUUCUCGGCGGAGAGGCCAGCACAAGGGACACAGUUGCUAAGUGGCACCGCGUUUUGGAUCUGAUCAUCUGCUAUGGGCCGGCCGAGUGCUCCAUAUACUGUUCCGGAACACCACCUGCCACGGAGAUGAGCGACCCCGGCGACCUCGGCCAGCCCCUCGGCGCGUUGUACUGGGUCGUCGAUGCCUCGGACCAUAAUCGCCUGGCUCCCGUCGGCUGCACGGGCGAGCUGUUGCUUGAGGGCCCAACGGUGGCCCGUGGCUAUCUUCACGACGCGGAGAAGACGGCACAGGCGUUUGUCCAUAACCCGGCAUUCAUCCGCGAUCCGGUCUGGGCGGACCCGGGCACCGCAGAUCGACCCCGCCGUUUCUAUCGCACCGGCGACCUGGUCCGCCUGAACAAAGACGGAAGCAUUCACUUUGUCGGCCGCAAGGACACUCAAGUCAAGGUUCGCGGCCAGCGAGUCGAGCUCGGGGAGAUUGAGCAUGCCAUUCGUGCCCGCAUGCCCAACCUGAGCCACGUCACCGUUGAUGCCGUCAGUUUGCAGUGCCUCGAUAUGAAACAGAUGGUGGUCGCAUUCCUCCACAUAGGGGGCGACGGUCACUGCCCAGAUGAAGUGCAUCCGUUGAACGAAAAUUUCAGGGUAGACCUGAGGAAGCUACAAGUUUCGCUUGCCGAAGCGCUUCCAAGCCAAAUGCUCCCGAAUCUAUUCAUCCCCCUGGCCCAUGUUCCACUGACGGCAAACGGAAAGGCUGACCGGCGCUGGCUGCGCGACAUGGUGACGGGCUUGAGCCGCGAGCAGGUGCUGGAGUAUGGGCUGGAGUCAUCAGAAAAGCAAACUCCCAAAACGGCCAUGGAAUUUUCCCUGCGAGAUCUCUGGUCUCGCGCCCUGAGCAUCGAACCCGGGAGCAUCGGCGUUGGGGACCAUUUUUUCCGUAUUGGCGGCGAUUCGAUCAUCGCCAUGCAGAUCGUCGGCAUGGCCAGCGAGAACAAAAUUCCCCUCUCCGUCCGAGACUUCUUCAGCCAUCCCACGCUCACCGACAUGGCGACUGCGCUGGAGGGCCGAGCUAAUGUUGUGCCACGGGGCCCGUCAGAGUACGAGCCGUUUUCUCUCAUCGACGAACCUCGAACGAAAGCGGUCCGGAAUAUGGCAACGCAAAUCAAGACAUCCGAGUCCAACAUAGCCGACAUUCUUCCCGCAACAGACUUCCAAACGACCGCCGUAGCACACGCGCUGAUGCGGACACGCGGGCUUCGAAACUACUUGUGGCUAGACGGCACGGGGGACCUCGACAUCUCGACGGCCGAAAAGGCGUUGGGGGUAUUUGUGGCAGGAAACGAGAUUCUUCGAACGGUAUUCGCUCCACACGAGGAUACCAUGGUUCAGGUUGUGCUGAAGGAGAUCCCCUAUCAUGUUGAGUGUCACCUGAUAAGCACCGACUUGGCUGCAUUUACCGACGGAAUCUGCCGGAUGGACAUGGCGCUGCCGACGAGGAUCAGCGAUCCUCUGCUCAAGUUCAUUAUCAUCAAGGGUCCCGACCGUCGCCAUAGAAUCAUGCUGCGGCUCUCGCACGCGCAGUAUGAUGGGCUGAGCUUGCCCAUGCUCUGGGACUCGCUGGCUGCCACGCUCGAAGGCCGUCUCAACACCAGACUCACCAGACCAAUGUCGGCUUACAUGCAUGCAGUGGCAUCGUUGAACCGUGACGAGGCGCUGGACUACUGGCGCACCCUGCUUCAAGGGUCUAGCAUGACGACGCUUGUGUCGCGCAGCAAGCCGUCCUACGGCAACGUGUACGAUACCUACGUCCGCCGCACCAUAUCUCGUCCCUCGGUAGAGAAGCACGGGACGACGUUUGCGACGGUGCUGAAAGCUGCCUGGUCCCUGGUCCUCGCAGGCCGCACCUCCACUCCCGACGUCACCUUUGGCCAUGUCGUAUCCGGCCGCGCCCUCGAAGGCGUGUCCGCCGUCGCGGGUGCCUGCAUCAACGUCGUUCCGGUGCGCGUCAAGCUCGCGUCUCCAGACCUCAGCGUCUCGGAGCUACUGCGGGCGGUCCAUGGGCAACACGGGGCGGGCCUACCGUACGAGGCCGCCGUGGGUAGCCGGACCAUUGUCCGGCAGUGUGCGCCGGCGUGGCCGCCGCAUACUCGCUUCAGCAGCAUCGUGCAGCACCAGAAUAUCGAAGAGACAAACCGGACGACGGUGGGCGGGGUCGAUUACGAGGUCGGGUUCUUUUGUCCCCAAGCGGACGAAGCUGACGUCGCGAUCAAGACGACGCCUCUCAAUGACGGAACGAUGGACUUGCUACUCAUCUGCUCCUCCAAGGGUGUGGGCAGGGCGAUGGGCGAGUCACUGGCCGACCUGCUCUGCGACAGCAUCCGAGAGAUAUGUGCGCGACCCGAGUCCAGCGUCGAGGCGUUGCUGGAGGAGCUGCCAUUCAGCUCGAUGACGGAAAAGGAGAGGCAUGACAACGGGCGGCAUGCAAGUGCUGGUGCCAAGAGAUAUUUCGUCGAGCGGAAGAACGGAAACGUCAACGGGCACGCCAACUGGCACGCUGCCAAGAGGUUGACGAAUGGGAGGCUUCCGAGACACAAUCUGCUGGCGAACGCUGUCGCGGCCAAGUGGACGGAGGUGCUCCGGCUGCCGACGGAGGCGGCCGCCAAGCUGGACGACGAUUCCGAUUUCUUCGAGGCCGGUGGUGACCUGGUGUCUGCCGCGCUCUUGUCGGCAAAGUUCCAGAUCGAGGACAUGGGUGCGCUCGAGGUAGAGAGCAUCAUCGACGGAUCAAGGCUUGGAGAGAUGGUGGAGGCUCUGGGUAGAAGAGCCGAGCAGUGCCACGACAGCAGCGCCGAUUGUGCAUGA